AUGACGUUCCAAGCGAAGCCUGUCUUGACCUUCGGCGACGCCGAAAUCUUUGUGGUGAACACGUUCCUGCAAGUUGGACCACGGCUGUCCAUCGAUGUCCACAGCAGCUUUUCUGAGCCUGUGAAGAUCUCGAACGCAGCGCACGAGGACGUGCCGAGCGAGAUUUUCGAGGAGGAUUUCCCCGUGAUGCCCUGGCGGACGUAUGACUCCUAUGAAGAGAACUGUGAUGAAGAUUUCUUGGAACCUAUGAUGAACAAGGUGUCCACCUUGGAGUACUUCGAGAAGGUACAAGCCUUCGAACGGGGAGAAAUGGAGAAGGUGGCUACCUUUGACUGGUAUGAGGAUGCUCCAUUGACACCAUGUCCUGUAGCUCCAUAUGGCCCACCCAUGGACAAGGUUUCUACCUUUGAUUGGCUUGAGGAUUCCCCCCUACCCCAGCGACCUGUGAUCAUGAAACCUGUGGAACCUGGAGUGUGUCCGCCAGUGGGUGGCUUGUGCGACGCUCAAAAGUCGGAGGAGAUCUCCACGGCUGGCACCGCCACAUCGGCCACAUCGGGCGGCCCGGGAGAGACCGUAGAGGUGCCUUUGGUGGCGACCAGCAAAGGUGGAAAGGAGCUGAUUCGAUGGAGAGUGGAUGGCCGAAAACUCGAAACCCAGGAGAAACAAAUUCUUUCCCCGGAAUUUGAAUUGAAACUUCCAGGUCUCGGCGCGUCGGCAUUUCGUUUGAUGAUCUUGGCCAAGGAGACGCGCGGCAAGGGCGGCCGGGGCUUCUUGAAGGCCAAGGGCUGUGGCCGGUUGUUCAUCAAAUGUGCGGACUCAUCGUUGCCGGAAGGAGUGGCGCCCAUGGCAUUUCGAGUUACAGUGGGUCCUGGCAGGGAGCGAGAUCUACCAUCACAUCAGUUUUCUCAGCACUCUUGCUGCCCCCUCCAGGAAAACAAGGGGAGUUGGGAUCUCCUUUCAAUGCUCGAUGCAACCAAGCGCUUAGAAGUGUCAGUUCAGGUCCUUUGA